AUGGAAACCCACUUGAGAACUGAUCACUGUUAUCCAGCCCUGAACUCUUCAUGUGCAAAGUUUGCCAAGCCACAGGCAUUAUACAUCAUCAUGUACAUAUUUUUGUCAUCAAUAUCUGUGUCUACCGUGUUUCUAAACUUGCUGGUGAUCAUCUCGAUUUCUCACUUCAAGCAGCUUCACACUCCAACCAACCUGUUCCUUCUCUCUCUUGCUGUGGCAGAUUUUUUGAUCGGACUGACUGUCAUGCCUACGGAUGGGUCGCUAAUAAUUGAAACAUGCUGGUAUUUCGGGGACAUGAUGUGUAAAAUACUCCCGUUCAUUUCUUUAGUGGCUAUUUUGGGAUCUCUGUGCAGCCUUGUAUUAGUUUCCAUUGAUCGUUUCAUUGCUGUCAGUGAUCCUUUAAGGUACUCAUUGAAAGUCACACACAAAAAAGUAGUUAUAAUUGUUGUUCUUAGCUGGGUUUUUUGUGUCCUUUAUAGUUUCUUCCUGCUUUAUGACCACCUUACUGAAAUGGAGCCUCACAGGACAUGUCACGGAGAGUGUCUGCUCACAUUCAGUUUCUCAUGGAUUGUUGAUGUUUUUGUGUCAUUCAUAAUGCCUUGUUCCACGGUUAUAAUUUUAAAUAUGAAAAUAUUCUGUGCUGCUAAGUAUCAUACAAAGGUGAUUAACUCUGUUACAGAAAGACAAAGGGCUAGUAACAAGGACACAAUAAGAAGUAAGAAAUCCAGCCGUAAAGCUGCAAAAACAAUAGGGGUCCUUGUUACAGUUUAUUUGCUCUGCUACAUGCCAUAUAUGUUAAGCUUUUUUGAGUUUGCCACUCAAUCAUUCAAUCAUUUUCUAUUGAAGUAUGUUGUAUGGAUUAUGUAUAUCAACUCCUGCAUGAACCCAAUAAUAUAUGCUUUAUUUUACCCAUGGUUUAAAGUCUCAAUCAAGCAAAUUAUCACCCUUACAAUACUUCAUCCAGGUUCCUCUUAUUUCAAUAUAGACAGUUACCCAGGUGCCACAGCCAACCACAUGAACCGGUUACUUGAGAAAACUUCCCCACAAGAAGCCGUUGAGCUGUUAGUCCUGUCGGUGGGUACCAACAACAGAGAGCACAAUGCUAAGGCCACCACCAACAAACAACUUCACAAAAUGUUUAAGUUGGCCACCAAAGUUUUCCCCAACGCCAACAUUUAUGUCCCGGUCAUCAACUUUUCCCCCUCUAUUCACCCACACUACAAGUACAAUCUCACCGAGAUUAACCGCUACAUCACCACCCACCUCCCCACCUCCAACCACUUCCAGCAGAUCAAUUUUCCACCACACUUGAUCACAUCCACUGGACCCCAGAAGUAG